CCCGCAUUGCAUAUUACAUCCUCGCCCUCCAGCGUCCCUCCCCUCUAUUCCCACCGAGAUAGCACGUCGUCUUGUACGGCGCGUGCGAGUCGCCGUCACCAUGUCCUCUAGGUCCUCUGCGUCCGCCACCCCUUCGCCUCAUACCGGACCCUGGCACCUCCCACCCGCCGCGCGUCGUAGCAGGGCUGCCGCCGCGGGCCUCCACCUCAUCUUCGACUCUGCCUCGGACCGCAACUCAGACUCGUGCGCGGACUCGCCGAGCAGCUACUCGGACGCGUCCUUCUCCUCCGUCUCCUCGUCCAGCGGGCCCGCCACCCCCCUCAGCCGCCCGUCCUCGCCCGCGAUCGUCUCCGCCGCGGAGCACCUGGACAGCGAGGACUGCUGGAACCUCAUCCCGUACCACGUCCCCUGGGGCAACGAGUACUGCGACUACACCCCCGGGACGCUCCCCGGCCCGGACGGCCAGUGCUUCUUCCUCCGCUCGCCCACCCCGCUCAAGUACAAGCGCACCGUGCGCGCAUGCACAAAGUGCCGCGACAGGAAGGCGAAGUGCUCGGGCGACCGCCCCGCGUGCGUGCGCUGCGUGAGCCGCGGCUACAUCUGCCAGUACGACCCCGAGGAGCCAAAACGCGCCAAGGGCCCCGAGCUCGCGCGGCAGCGCCGGCGCGACAAGCCCGACCGCACCGUCUCGCAGUCCACCGCGCCCCCGCCGUACGUCUCGUACGCCGCAUAGGCUUAUCUCGCGCUGCUCCCGUCCGCUCGUCGUCCUGCUCUGCUGUUCUCGCCUCGCCUCGCAUCCCCCGUACAUACGCCGCCCGUGUAUAUAGCCUGUACGUGUACCCCCGCCCCCGCCCCGCACUCACCCUCAUUGCCACUGCGCCUCGCCCCCGGGAUACCGUACCGCGCAUCCCCGGCCGACUGC